GCAGCAGCUGCAGACAAUUAGCUGAUUGCAGCUCCUGUCAGCUCCUCCUCACUUUGCUGCCUUUCUUUGUGGAAACUUUAAAGCCUGGCAACAUUAAAGCUCUUCUACAGUCAGGGGGAUGCACCUCUGCACCGGUGCUUCCAUAAAGGAAUCCCAUCAAGGUGGUGAGGCAGCAGAGCAACACUCUGACAACGAACACUGACAGAAGACUAAAAAGUGGACCUGACACGGGGGGAUUGGAACACGGGUUUGAGAGACGGCUGCCUUAUGGACUGGGCCUCGGCGGUCCCAGACCACAAACCAAGGCCAUCUGAUUCUCCUCGCCGUACCUCAAACCCGUGUCUGAAGACUACAGGAGACGCAUGAAGGGCAGGAAUUAGUACUCCCAAGAGGAUCGGCUCGGAAGCGCUGCGACACAUCGAUGGCUCCUCCGGUGCAGAGACGCAGAGAUGCCUGCGCGCGCUGGCCGACAAUGUCGUCAACUUUCUGGGCUGUUCUGCUGCUGACGGCGCUGCUGCUCCUCUGCUGCGGCCAGCUGGCAGCGGGGACAUGUGAGAUUGUGACGUUGGACAGGGACAGCAGCCAACCACGACGGACCAUCGCCAGGCAGACGGCCCGCUGCGCCUGUAAGAAGGGCCAGAUCGCCGGAACUACAAGAGCCAGACCCGCCUGUGUGGACGCUGGGAUUGUUCGAAAAAAGCAGUGGUGCGAGAUGGUUCCAUGUUUGGAGGAUGAAGGCUGUGACCUGUUAGUCAAUAAAUCUGGAUGGACUUGUACGCAGCCCGGAGGCCGAGUCAAAACCACCACGAUGAAACGUUGCAGAGAGCUGUCUGGGUGUGUGUGAGAACGGGAGAGCUCAGCGAACACCAGAGAAGCUCUAUGACGCGACAAGAGUUCCCCUCGACACUCUUGCACUAUGGAGAGCACUGAUGACCCCCUGACAGACAGCCAAACCCCACCUACCAACCCCACCACCAACACAGCAGCUCCAACCCAAACCCUGGUGCCACAAAGCCAGGACGCAACACAAGCAGCUACCGACCACCAUGAGCCUCCGCCAGGCAGCAAGGUCUCGUAACGCAGCCUGAGACAUCCGGACCGGGCAGUGACUGUUGUUCCUGACUGCUGUCUGUCACCGGGUCACCACAUCGAGCCCUCCUCGCCGCCACUGCAUCUGCCUGCUCUGUGAAACUACCAGCUCGUGCCACGGAGGAUUGGACACCUUCUGUCAUCGGACUCUGGCUGCAUUAAAAAAGGAAUUUGUUGAAUCUUUAUCCAGUGCAGUCGUUCCAGAGCAGAGCUGGGAUCAUUACAGACCAAACCCUGUUUCAAAAGAAUAAAAAAACAAACAAACUGUGAGCUCUCAGCUGUGAAUAGGCCUUCUGCUGGAGGAAACCUCCCAUAUUUUUAUAGACCAAAGAGCAAAAUAACUUAACGGCAGAGAGGAGAACCAGAAUAUUCUUUGUCACCACAACAAGAACACACGGUGAACAAGUGGCUGACAAACUUUUAAAACCUUCCAGACUUUUUUUUUUCCUUUCUCCAAGUCCACAACUGUAUUUUGAGACUGGACAAACAGGUACUGCGGACGUUUUACUGUGUAUUGGAAGACAAAUAUCAGACUUGCAGUUUUCAGUAGCUAUGGUUUGAACAGACAGUAGGAAAUGUUGGAUUAUAUCAAAGAAUGGAUAUCGACAGAGUUUAUGAAUGCCGACGGAGGAAAGAAUUGCCAUUAAAUGUAUUUUGAAAGGCCCUAAAAAGUUAUAUAUUUAACAGUUUUAUAUGUUGUACCUUUGUAGAGAAGCUUAUUGGACUUAAAUGUGGUCACAAUGGCAGUUUAGUAGAACGUGAACAAACGCUGUUCUCAUUACUGCUGGCUCAUAGUCUCUGAUUUUCUGUUCACACCUCAGUAGCUGCUUUCUUUUCAUGGUCAUCUACAAGUCACAGUCUAUUACAAACAUUGAAAAAAGGAAAGUGACAAUUUAUCAAGGACUGAUCUGCAGCCAAUCAAACAUUGUAAAUCUAUGGUAGUCAGUGGAAGCCAUUGAAAUCUGCUAUGAUAUUGUAUUGUACACGAUGUGGAAUACUGAUUCAUUUCCUAUCUGAGUUUGAGCUCUUAAUUUAUUUUCGCGCUUGUGUUUGUUCGCACAGCUCCCGCCGCUCUCCCGCGGCGGCGAGGACAGCGAGAGAAAUAGCACUGCAAACAAGUCAUAUAAAUACAUUUUUUUAUCAUGAAAUAUUUUAAGAAUAAAUUAAAUACAUGAAAAGAG